CCCACUUACAUCGGAUGAUUCCAAUUACAUUCCAAAAGCAUAUUUCUUCACUUCUCGGUCUUCGACUCAAAACUUGUACUUUCUAUUUUUAUUUUCCCAAUCCCAUCCCAUAAUUAUCGCUCACUAAUCCCCAAAACCUCACUCCUAAAAUCUCACUAAUCAACUACUAUAAAAUUAUCUUCUGCUCUUCAUUUUGCUAAUCCCCAAAACCCUUCAAUAAAAGCUAUGCUUGACUACUCUCUACUCUAAUUAGAAGGGUAAUUGGGGUCUUGAGUCCUUUUCCUCUGAACCAACCGUUAGGCAUUGAGUUUUGGAGGAGAUCUGAGAGCAAUGGCAUCUAAGAACAGUUCAAACGGGGAUCUCCAAACAACAACUAAGCCACCACCAUUGCCGUCUCCAUUGCGAUUUUCAAAGUUCUUUCAGUCAAAUAUGAGAAUUUUGGUCACUGGAGGAGCUGGAUUCAUUGGCUCUCACCUAGUCGAUAGAUUGAUGGAAAAUGAAAAAAAUGAGGUAAUUGUUGCUGAUAACUACUUCACUGGAUCAAAGGACAACCUUAAAAAAUGGAUUGGUCAUCCAAGAUUUGAGCUUAUUCGUCAUGAUGUCACUGAGCCAUUGUUGGUCGAGGUUGAUCAGAUUUAUCAUCUUGCUUGCCCUGCUUCUCCAAUUUUCUACAAAUACAAUCCUGUGAAGACAAUAAAAACAAAUGUGAUUGGUACACUGAACAUGCUGGGACUUGCCAAGCGAGUUGGAGCCAGGAUUUUGCUUACAUCAACUUCAGAGGUAUAUGGAGAUCCUCUUGUGCAUCCCCAACCCGAGAGCUAUUGGGGAAAUGUGAACCCAAUUGGAGUUCGGAGCUGCUAUGAUGAAGGAAAGCGUGUGGCUGAGACUUUGAUGUUUGAUUAUCAUAGGCAGCAUGGGAUAGAAAUUCGCAUUGCCAGAAUCUUUAACACAUAUGGGCCACGCAUGAAUAUUGACGAUGGGCGUGUCGUCAGCAAUUUCAUAGCUCAAGCACUUCGUGGUGAACCCUUGACAGUCCAACUUCCUGGAACACAAACUCGCAGUUUCUGUUAUGUUUCUGACAUGGUCGAUGGCCUCAUUCGUCUGAUGGAAGGAGAGAACACUGGGCCAAUCAAUAUUGGAAACCCAGGUGAAUUUACAAUGCUUGAACUUGCAGAGACAGUGAAGGAGCUCAUUAAUCCUGAGGUGGAGAUAAAGAAGGUGGAGAACACUCCUGAUGAUCCACGACAAAGGAAACCUGACAUCACAAAGGCCAAAGAAUUGCUGGGAUGGGAGCCAAAAGUCAAGUUGAGGGAUGGCCUUCCCCUCAUGGAGGAAGAUUUCCGACUGAGGCUUGGUGUGGCCAAAAAGAACUGAAUCUGUUGCCUGAAAUAUAGAUGCAGGGAGAACUUUUGGCUGCGGGUUUGGCAUCAAACGGGGUAGUGCAUACACAGUUUUUUCUGUCGGCCUUUUGUACUUCCCUCUGCCUCUUUUCCAUUCCAUUGUGUUAUAAUAGAAAAUAAGUCAUCACGAGUGUUGUCUUUUAAUUUUUCGCUAUUUUUCUCCUUUUCUUAAUUAUACCGAGACAUGUGGAAGCUCUUAAACUUGGCAUUUGCCAAUCUUUUGUAGAUGACAUAAUAUUGUUCUUUGGUUGAGUCAAUACCAUUUGCUUCUUGUGAUCCCAAUUUUGCUGCUACAUUGAAUAAUAAAGGCGUAUUGCUGUUGGAUUCGGCUAUACAA